AUGAAUUGCAAGUCCAGCCAUAAGGUGGUCGGUUUUCAAGUCCACGACUCGAAACGACCGUACAACAUUUCAUUCACUCCAGCCGUGAUGUCGCCUCCGAACAAUGGCCACCUUCAGGCCCGCCUGUCUGGCCUCAACAUGGUGGCAAUGGCUUUUGCGAUUCUGAAUACUUGGAUUGCUCUAGCAGGCUCAAUCGGACUUGUGCUUCCGUCUGGCGGGUCUGUUUCACUUCUCUACGGCUUCGUCUUUUGUGUUUUAUGCAACCUCGCCCUGACGGCGAGCCUCGGCGAGCUAGCUUCCAUAUGGCCUACAGCUGGUGGCCAGUACCACUUCGUCUAUGCCCUUUGCACCAAUAAGUGGAAACGAGUCAUGAGCUUUUGGGUCGGCUGGACAAACAUUGUCGGAUGGCUAGUCGUUGUGACUGUCCAAGGAUUUUUCGCCGCUCAAUUCGUGUGCGCCGCGUCUGUCGUCGCCUCUAAUGGAAGAUUUGUAGUCACGCAAUGGAAUACAUAUCUAAUCUUUCUCGCCAUUUUAACAUUCGCCACUGUCGGUAACAUUUGGGGCAAUAGAAUCCUGGGCAAAUGGAAUGACUUCGCUAGUAAGGAGACCCAAACCUCGAAGUUUCUGUUGCUUGUCAAGAGCUCACAUCAUGAAGUGUUCUGGUCGAUUCUUGGUGUUAUUAUCAUCAGCAUCAUUCUCUUGUCUCUCCACGACAAGACAAACGCAGACUACGUAUUCACGUCCUUCAACAACAAGACAGGUUGGCCCGACAGCAUUGCCUGGGUUCUCGGUCUUCUACAGUCCGCUCUUUCCCUCAUUGGCUUCGACGUCAUCCUCCAUAUGAUGGAAGAGAUGCCUAAUCCAUCCCGCGACGCCCCACGGGCCAUGAUUUACUCUAUUGUUGUUGGAGGAGUGACUGGCUUUGCCUUCAUUCUUGUUAUGCUAUUUUGCUUCACCGAUCCAACGACGGUCCUUGCAACCAACACUGGCAUGCCCAUUGUGGAACUCAUGCUACAAGCAACUCGAAAUCCGGCCGCAACCUGUGUGAUGACCAUUAUGCUUGCAGUCUGCUUCAUCAAUGGAUGCACUGCCAGCACUACCAGCGCUAGUCGGCUUCUUUACUCCAUGGCACGAGAUAACGGUAUCCUGUUCCCUAAAUGCUUUUCACACAUUACUCCAGGCCACAAUGUCCCUACUAACACCAUACUAAUGUGCUAUGGCUUCAACAUCCUGUUCGGAACGUUGUAUCUGGGACCCACGGUUGCCUUUGGAGCAUACAUAGCGUCAUGCACUAUCUUUUUGAAUGUUUCGUAUGCAUUUCCCAUUAUCGCCCUGCUUGUAAGGGGGCGAGAUAUUCUGUCGCAGCAUCAAGUGCCGAAUGCACCAUUCAGGUUGGGGAGGUGUGGCUAUGGUAUCAACUUGAUUGCUGCUUUAUUUGUCUCUGUCACUUCAAUCUUCUUUUGUUUCCCCGUCGCUCUGCCAGUCACCAGUGAUAACAUGAAUUACGUCUUAAUCGUGGUCGCAAUCUUCAUAAUCAUUGUUGAGAGCUACUGGCUUGCAUACGGGCAUAGAUUCCAAGUCGAGGGAAUUCAGGUUAUUCUUGGUCAGCACGACAGUGUAACGGCCAACAAUGCGUAUGAGCUGGGCUUGGAUUUUGGGACUACAGACCAAAAGACUUCGGAAUGA